CUCCUCCCUCCACAAUCCACAUACUAAUAAUAAUAUUAUUUGUAUUGUUUUCCUUUAAUCAAUGGCCACGCUUUCUUACUCCACUCUUCAUCCUCUAUCUUCUUCUUCUCUCCCUCCUUCUUCUUCAUCAUCUUCAUCUUCUUCAACCUCGCUUCACCUUUCACCAUGUUCAUCUCACUCUCUUCCACAACCUUCUCCACCACCUCCAUCCAAGUCCCACUUCCCUUCCCUUCCCCGCUUCCCUUCCAAAUGCAGACACAAACCACCCAAGCCGCCUAGGCUCUUCAUGAUCAUCGACCCCAUUUUGCUGCUCAACGGCUUCGGCGGCGCCGGUUUCUACUUAGACACUCAAACACUUCUCGCCACUGUUAGUGUUUUGGCUGCCAUUGCUCUUUCUCUGUUCCUUGGCCUUAAGGGUGAUCCGGUGCCUUGUGAGCGUUGUGCUGGCAACGGUGGAAUGAAAUGUGUUUUCUGCAACGAUGGCAAGAUGAAGCAAGAGAUGGGGUUGAUUGAUUGUAAAGUAUGCAAGGGUUCAGGAUUGAUACUCUGCAAGAAAUGUGGAGGUUCUGGCUAUUCCCGAAGGCUAUGAGCAGAUUCACUAUUAAAUCUAGAAACCAUCUGUUCUGAAAUCUGUAAGAUCAUGUAAUGUAACAAUUAUAUUGUUCAUAGUCUCUUUUUCUGUGAUUCAUCUUAAUCACUUUACA